CGAGGCACUAAAGCGAUGUGUUAUGAAGGUGAUUGCGGUGCCUGUAUCGUAAAUGUAAAAUUCAAGAACAAAAGUAUAGCUGUGAAUUCAUGUCUUGUACCAGUACUGAUCUGUGACAGAUGGAAUAUUUAUACGAUUGAAGGUAUAGGAAACAAGUCAGACGGUUAUCAUAUGAUUCAAGGUAUGCUUGCUGACAUGAAUGGUUCGCAAUGUGGAUAUUGCUCACCUGGCAUGGUGAUGAAUUUGUAUAGUCUCCAGUUAAAAGAAGGUAUGACUAUGAAGCAGAUUGAAAAUUCAUUUGGUGGCAACAUUUGUCGAUGCACUGGAUAUCGCGCAAUUUUGGAGGCUUUUAAGAUAUUUGCCAUCGAUAAUGUUUCAAUGGAAUCGAAGGCUGUUCACGACAUUGAGGAGUUACUUAAGACUAAAGUUUGCCAUCCCCGGCAAAAUUUGUAUCCCCGUUUGUAUCCUCACAAAAUGCCACGUGUACGUACUUGCUACGAUAAGCAGCAUUUUGAUGGAAUCACAAUGUUGAGCAUAAAAUUAGAGGACGCGUACUUUUACAAAGUUACGACAGUCGAGGCUCUAUUUGAGUUAUUAAAAAGCAAUCCACAGGCAACGUAUAUAUUGAAUGGAGGAAAUACUGCACAUGGUAUUUAUCGUUCGGGCAAGAGAGAUAUGUACAUUGAUAUAAACGACAUUCCAGGCAUGAGUAACAUUACAAAAACUGAUUCGACUUUGGUGCUAGGAGGAAAUGUAACCCUUACCAUAGCAAUGCAGACAUUUGAAAAAUAUUCAAAAGAAAGCGGAUUUAAAUAUCUAGGUCAAUUGAAAAAGCACAUGAAAAUGAUCGCAAAUGUUCCCGUACGAAAUAUUGGUACCAUAGCAGGGAAUUUAAUGUUAAAAUACGAGCACAAAGAGUACCCAUCCGAUUUGUUUUUGAUAUUACAGACUCUCGGUACGCAGGUACACAUCCUGGAAAGUCCCUCUCAAAUGCAAACUAUACAUCUGUGGGAAUUUUUGAAUCUUGACAUGCAUCAUAAAGUCAUUUAUAGCGUUGUAUUACCACAGCUUACUGAUCUGCACAUAUACAGAUUCUAUAAGAUCAUGCCUAGAGCACAGAAUGCUCGCACUCACGUCAACGCAGGCAUUCUUUUCAAAAUCGAUACCGACGGCAAAGUUUUGGAAUUACCUAACAUUAUCUUUGGUGGCAUCAAUAAGGAUUUUUAUCACGCAAGUGGCACGGAGAUUCUAUCGAUGGGAAAAAAUCUCUUUGACCAGCAAGAUUUAAAGUCACUGUUACAAAUGUUAUCUCAGGAUCUACAACCUGAUCAUACGCUCCCGAAUUACUCAUCGGAAUUUCGCAAGACUCUUGCCAUAGGAUUAUUUUACAAGUUUAUGUUAAGCAUCCAACCGGAGGUGAACUAUUUUUAUCGUGCUGGUGGCACGUUAUUAAAACGAAGUCUCUCUUCAGGUAAUCAAGAGUACGAUAGUCAUUCAGACGAGUGGCCAGUGGGUAUGCCUACACCAAAGUUAGAAUCUUAUGAACAGGCAGCAGGUGAAGUCCAAUAUUGCAAUGAUCUGGGUCCAUAUCAUGGAGAAGUGUUUUGCGCUUUCGUUGUUACCAAAAUCGGUAAUGGCAAGAUCAUGUAUAUAGACGCAAGAAAGGCGCUUAAAAUGAAGGGCGUAGUAGAUUUCUUCAGCGCCGAUGAUGUACCGGGAAAGAAUUUGUGCAUUUCUGCCGCCAGUAAGUUGACGUCCUUGCCAGAGGAUGAAUUGCUGUUCGCCGAAAAGGAUGUUUUGUACGCCGGCCAACCGGUUGGCGUAAUUGUCGCGGAAACGCAAAAUUUAGCGAAUGAGGCUGCGGAUUUGGUACAAAUUACAUAUAGCGCAGAGAAACAUCCAGUAAUAAGUAUUGAGGAUGCUAUUAAUGCGAAUGAUAAAACUAGAAUCAGGGAAAGCGUCAAUAUUCCAGCAAAGAGGAAAGGAACCGAUAUUAAAUACGUAAUAAAGGGUGUCUUUCAAUGCGGUAGUCAAUAUCACUAUACCCUAGAAACUCAAUCCUGCGUAUGCGUUCCUGUGGAGGGUAAUAUGAACGUCUAUCCAUCGUCACAAUGGAUGGAUCUCAUUCAAGUAUCGAUCGCUAAUUGUCUUAAUGUCCGGAGUAAUAGUAUCAAUGUGCAUGUCAAUCGACUUGGUGGUUCGUAUGGAUCAAAAAUCUCACGCAACGCGCAAAUUUCAUGUGCUUGCGCAUUGGUAUGUCAUAAACUGAAUCGUCCAGCGCGAUUCGUCACGACGAUAGAGAGCAAUAUGCAAUCGAUAGGCAAAAGAUGUUCUGCGCGACAAGAAUAUGAGAUAGGGGUAAACAACAACGGAGUUAUACAGUAUCUGGACUCGAGACAUUGGAGCAACUGUGGGUCUAGUUUCAAUGAAUCACAGGCUGCUAUGGUAGCUUCUUACAUGCAAAGCUGCUAUUUAACCGAUACUUGGAGGUUCACUGGAUUCGACGUGAGAACCGAUUUACCGUCUAACACGUUUUGUCGGGCGUCAGGAUCUACGGAAGGAGUUGCUAUAAUCGAGAAUAUGAUGGAACAUAUUGCAAAAGUGACACGAUUAGAUUCUGUACAAGUCAGAUUGGUAAACAUGAAUAAUGUGGAUAAACCUGUUUUAACAGGUAUGAUGGAUGAUUUGAGGGCAAAAUCCAAUUAUGUGAAGAUCAUGGAUGAUACUCAGAACUUCAAUAGAAUCAAUCGUUGGAAGAAAAAGGGAAUUGCUCUGGUACCAAUGAAAUACUUGAUAACAGAUGGUGAAGGGCAAUACAACGCAAUGGUGUCGAUUUGUGCUCGCGAUGGUACGGUAUGCGUGACGCAUAGCGGUAUUGAGAUCGAUCAAGGUAUACAUACGAAGAUAACUCAAGUAGCAGCUCGUACAUUAAAAAUCAAAAUUAACAAAAUCAACAUUAAACCAAGCAGUAAUUUAACGGCACCCAACGCUUCAACUACAGGACACGGCAUUACGACGGAAAACUGCGGAUACGCAACGGAACAAGCUUGCAUACAAAUUUUGGAGAAACUCGAGCCAAUAAAGAAAAAAAUGGGAGAAACGACGUGGGAGAAACUUAUUUUUGAAGCGUAUCGAGAAGGCAUUGAUUUGUGCGAACGUUACAUGCUGGUCAAUGGACCCAUGGAAGACAAGAAAUCUUACCCUGUUUACGGUGUUACCAUUGCCGAAAUAGAAAUCGAUGUGCUGACCGGUCAGCAUGUUAUUAGAAGAGUUUAUUUGAUGAUUGAUACUGGUCUAAGCUUGAAUCCACUAAUUGAUGUCGGUCAGACGGAGGGAGCUUUCGUGAUGGGAAUAGGAUUCUGGACUUCUGAAGAUCUGGUGUAUGAUCCUAAAACAGGAAUAUUAAUGAAUAACAAAUCAUGGAAUUAUAAUGCACCAGGCGCGAAGGAUAUUCCUGAAGUUUUUCAUGUAUACUUACGCAAUAAGGCUAUCUACGGUUCAAAAUCGAUCAAUGAAGCACCGCUUUGUAUGAGUUACGUAAUUCCAAUAGCGAUCCGCAAAGCAUUGGAAUCUGCUCGAAUAGAUGCAGGAAAUUACAAAUGGUAUCAAUUAGAUGGACCGUGUACUACCGAACGUAUACUUCUAAAUACUUUAACUAAAGUAGACAUGAUGGUUUACGAGUGAAGAAAUUUAGGAAUUGUUCACA